AUGCCGUUUGGAUUCUGCAAUGCUCCAGCAACGUUUGAAAGGUUGAUAGAGCUUGUACUUACCGGGCUAAUUGGAGAUGCCUGUCUGGUCUACGUGGAUCACAUCAUCAUCGUAGGCCGUACGUUUGAGGAACACCUUCAAAACCUGGAACGCGUGCUCAUGAAGAUCCAGAGUACCAACCUCAAGUUGAGUUCGAAGAAGUGCUCACUAUUCAAACGGCAAGUUAGCUUUAUUCGGUAUGUAGUGUCGGAAGAAGGUAUCCGCACGGAUUCAGAGAUAAUUGCCGCUAUCAAGGAUUGGCCGGUUCCAAAAGACAAGACAUAG